AUGUCUGGAACUUACAAGCCCACUGAGCACGGCGGUCUCAAGGAGGACGGUACCCCUGACAAGCGUGUCGGUACCGGUCAGUUCGCUCAGGGUCAGGUCGACCCCGUCGAGGCUGGCAAGCAGGGUGGUCAGUCCUCUGGUGGUAGCUCCGAGGACACUUCCUCCUCCGGCGGCAGCGGCGGCAAUGGACAGUUCGCUGGCGGCAAGGUCGACCCCGUUGAGGCCGGUCGCAAGGGUGGUCAGUCCUCCAACUAA